GGUUAAAGUUAGAGUGGUCAGCAGCGCUGCACAUCGAGGACUUUUAUUUUGUUUGACCCCUAGUUGUGUGCGAUCAGCUGAGCAAAGCGAGAAAAUCUGUUGGCGUCCAGACCCGCUGAUGCGCGGUGCUCAGCAAAGGUGAAGACCGGACCGAACCCACAGAGCUCAGAUGGAGGUGACCGGAAGCCCAGCCGGAUUUUUAAAUAAGUAGAAAAGAACCGAGAAGGUUGAUGAAAGCUCCCAGCCCAGACAGCGCGCGCUGAGCAUCGCCUGGUAAAGUUAAAGAGCUUUAAUAGAGCAGAGCAGCCCCCCCUCCCUGGUUGAACAUGCACUGAAACCGGAGCCACAAAGGCAGCGGCGCCGACUGAGACGGAUAAAUGUGCUCCGGUGCAGCUUCACUGCAAACCGAAGGACCUCAUGUCGUUCCUGGACUGCUCCUGUAUCUCCUCCCACACUCAGGUCCAGCCAAUCAGCAUAGAGGACCAGUAUGAGGACACCAGCCACUCGCACCUGGUCAGUAAGAGCAGUGAUGGUUCUCCAUGCUCUGUGCUGGGAGCGGAGGAUGACCUCUCCGGUCUGUCGGCGGACUCUGCAGAUUACCAGCUGCUGUCAGAACUGGGUCGAGGUUUUAAUAACCUGAGCCAGGUGAGCAUGGCGCGUCAUAAACCCUCCGGCCAGCUGGUGGCCGUGAAGAACACCAACCUGGACGAGUGUACAGAGGAUGAACUGAUGCAGCUAAUGAACGAGGCCCUCUUAUCCAGACUUUUCCGUCACCCGAACCUUCUCACGUCCAGACUGGUGUUUAGCUCCUGCUGCCAGCUGUGGGUUCUUUCGCCUCUAAUGAGCUACGGCUCUGCAGACUCUUUACUCAGGUCAUAUUUUCCUGAUGGAAUGAGUGAAUCUUUAAUAGCAUACCUGCUUUACGGUGUCCUGAGGGCCCUCCAGUACCUGCACCACAUGGGCUACGUCCACAGGGGUGUGAAGGCGAGUCAUGUGCUGUUGUCCGCUGAGGGGCGUGUGUGUUUGUCUGGGCUGCAGAGUGUGUAUAGUUUAAUGAGAGAUGGGAAGAGGAUGAGAGCUGUGUUCGACAUGCCUCAGCACAGUCCAUCUCUGCUGCCCUGGCUUAGCCCUGAGCUACUGAGACAAGACCUGCACGGUUACGGGGUGAAGUCCGAUAUCUACAGCGUGGGGAUUUUGGCGUGUGAGCUGGUCAGCGGGAGAGUUCCAUUCCAGGACAUGCCGCCCACUCUGAUGCUGCUGCAGAAGCUGCGGGGUUCUCACAGCUGUCUGCUUGAUGUUGCCCCCUACCCCCUGGGGGAGCUAGGGGCUCUGAAGGUUUCUCGCUCUGGAGUGGACUCUGGGAUUGGGGAGAGCGUAGUGGCCGGCAGCCUGACCCGUAGCACGGCUACUGCAGAACCACAGAGCCCUGGGCCAAAAAACCACUCAGCCACUCUCCACAACUUACUGCAGCUCUGUCUACAGCACCAACCUGAACGAAGGCCGUCUGCGUCAGCUCUCCUCAGUCACCCCUUCUUUAAACAGGUGAAGAAACACACCCAGGACUCCUUCCAGAGUCUGAUAUAUCCGGCUGUGCCUCUCUCCUGCCCCCCAGACAGUCCAGCAUCUGACGCCCCCACUCAGACCCCCAGUACACCAAACACACCCUCACCCAGCACACCUGAACCUGUGGAUGGGGUGUGGGACUUCUCCUAAUGCUGCAGAGCACUGAGUGCAAAACACAUUAACAAGCCAGAACAGGACAAAUCAGUCGAAAAUCAUGGUACCAGACCAGCACUUCUGCGUCUCUGAAUUUGGCCUGUUAAUGAUUUUGAACCUGGGUGCUUAUUCUCUCUCUCCUGUUUCUCUCCUCUCUUUUUCUUUCCUGUCUCUUUCUCUCUCUCGUUCUGCCUGCAUACUCCUUUAACACCUUCAAACCUGUCUGUCUCUGUGGGCAGGUCCUUUACCUGCCUUGGUUUUAUAUAUGUCUCCAAAGGAAGGAAGGAGAUGGUAGAACAGUUACAGAACUUUCCCACAUUCUUGCUGUGCUGUAUUUUAUAUCCACCAUUCCAAGCCUACUUUUGUUGCUUGUAUUGGGGGUUUUAGGGUUGCUGUGUGAUGCUGGCUGGUGUGAGGAUUGUGGACAUUCAGUGAAGAAUUCUGUGCCAUGACUGGACGUUUUUGUCUUCGUAAAUGUCAGUAGCCAGUGACCUUUGACAUAAAGUGGAUCAGACCACAGCUGCAGUGAAGAAUCAACAAAGCUGAGCCACGUGUACUGGGAGGGAGGAGUGUGCGUGUGUGUGUGUGUGUGUGUGUGUGUGUGUGUGUGUGUAUACGGCCAUUUUAUCAGAAACACCCACCAUAUUGGUGCACUUUGUAGUCGGCUGCCCUCAACACCACCAAGAGACAGGGAACCACCACUGACCAUAUUACAUGUGAGCAGUGGACCAUUCUUAGCACAGCAGCGAUGCUGAUAUGGUGAUACGGUCACAUGUAAAAGUUUGUGCAGGUUUUAUUGAUUUUCUAAAUGAAAAUAUGCCAACACGCUCUACAGAGAACUUACUGUUUAUGUACUGAAUUUACCAUAUGAACAUAAAAUGUGGCAGAUAGAAAUGUUACAGCACAUUUAAUGAUGUUUUGUUGUUUUAUUAAUGUUAAUUAUGAAAUUGUGCACUAAGAUUUGCAGAAAAUGCCAUAUUUAAAUUCUCUGUAGAAAAACGGCAAAACGUCAUUUGAUCAGUGAUGUUCAAACUUUUGCAUACGACUGUAGAGUGGUAGUGUGUGUGGAGGUGAUAUGAGUGUAUCAGGUGAUGUGGUGUUGCUGGGGUUCCUACACACCGUGUACUCGUACUGGUCACUUUAUUAGAAACACUUUAUAAUUAUAUAACAUACAAUUAAUUGUAUUGCUCUACCUUGUUAGUGUACAGUUAUGCUGUAUUUACCUCCUUUGGAGGUGAAAAUCGUUAUUCCAUGCCAGCAGUACGCACCCAUCCGCCGUGUGGAAAUGUUGCCAUGGUGACAACAUCAGAAACAACAAUAGAUGAUUAUCAGAGUAGAGCUUGAUUUGACUUUAACUCAAUUCUUUAUUUAAUGUAGAAAAAACAGGUUCUAGUCUUGUACAAGUUUUUGUUGUAUAAUUCUGCACAUCUGGGCAUCUUUGGCUUUCCAAAACAGAAGCGCUGCUGUCGCCAAUGAUGGUGAAGAAUUUUCUGUCUCUGCUCUAUUUAAAACAAUGGACUAUCCAGUUUGCCCUAUACCAUCAUACUGUAAAAGCAUAAUUAGCAGCUACAGAUCAGCUGAUGCUCAGUUUCUGUUAGCCAUCCUUUGGCCCUUUAUCAUGGUCAGCUUAUGACCCCAGAGCUGCUCUUGACUGAAUACAUUUGUGUGAAAAAUCCAGCAACACCACUGUGUCUGAUACACUCAUACCAGCACCACACACACCAUCAUGUCGGUGUCACAGCUGUGCUGAGAAUGAUCCACUACCUAAAUAACAUCUGGUCAGCGGUGGUGGACAGUGGCUGAUCAGUUGUGCAUCAGCAGUUGGGCUACAGCCUGUAACUGUUCACUUAUAUGCUAAGUGUUUGUGAUAAAACGGCCAAUUAGGGUCGUACCUAAUAAACUGGCAACUCUUUGUGUGUGUGUGUGUGUGGGUAUGUGUGUGUGCGUGUGCGUGUGCGUGUGCGUGUGUGUGUGUGUGCGCGUUAACGGGAUCUCCAAAGCCUCCUUCUGCUCCCUGUGAAGAAGUCAGAACCUCAUAUAAGAAAACCCUGUGAAACACCAGAUCAGUCCCUGGAUGCUGUGCUGUAAACCUGUCUGCCCAACACUGCCUCACACUCUGCCUCCGGCCCUGGAGGCGGGGUCAAUAGCGCCUUCAUACUGUUGAGGAACUAAACAGUUUUAACUGUGAUCGACUCCCUAUUUACCAGAGUCACUUUAUGUUUUUUUUAUGUUAGCUGUUUGAGCCAUUUAGAUGUAUAAUAAAUAUAUUCUUACCCAUUUUCUUAA